AUGAUCCUACUUUGCAUCUCCGAAGCAAUCCUCAAGGAUACGGAUCAUCCCCAAACCCCUACAGCAUCCGAAUUCCAACAUAACCACCUCGGUCCGUUCCGAACGGGAAAACUACAUCCCACCUAUAAACCAUCUCGAUCCCGACCUCCCAUCCUUCAUCAUUCGAUAACCGAGUCCCUGGGACACAAUCCGGGUCUUGCAUCUUCCGGGGUAAGAUAUCAGGAAGGUAAAUUGAAGGAUUUAAUGAUGACAUACUCUUUUGGAAGUAUCUCCGAGACUUAUGCAUCGAAUUGA